AAUAAAACUUACUGUACCCGGGAAAGUACCCAUCUCUUAGAAUUUUGGGUGACUUUAAGUAGCAUGACGCAGCAUGACAUCACACGCGUGUGUCCAAUGAGCGCAGCCCUUAUGAUAGAGUUUCAACAGUGCGAUCCCAAAGCGACAGGUUUGAGACUCCACCGUCUGCCGAAACAUCCAACUCACUUACCGGAUAUUUCUUCACCUGUAGGACGUUUAUUAACCGGCCACCGGACGCCGCGCUACAGUUUCUGAGGACUAAAGCUGUUUACACGAUUUAAAGGGGAUUUGUUGACGCUAGAUUGUAAACCAAAUCAAGAGGAACGCGCUGAACACAGCGACUCACCUUUACAUCAAGUUUCUCUGCUCGACUACUGAAGGAAACUAAAGGAACUUCAUAACAGUAUCUCAAUCGGACUGUGUCGAUUGAUUUUUGUUUUGGCGAUUCUGUGCUGAUUGAGUUCAACAAGCGGACAACCGACAAGGUGGACUGUCCAGCCUUCCCUCCGAUGACCAUGUCAGGACUGUUAGGCGCUCUCUUUCUCCUUAUUGUUCAAGGGUCGUUGGCUCAGCACGUGAGGGUGGAGCCAGAGGUUGUGUCGUUUCCUGGACAGACAGUAACACUGCGCUGCCAGUUUCCAAACCCAGGCGAUACCCAGCUCACUCAGGUGUCAUGGAUCUUUGAACGGACUGACACAGAACGAACCAACAUUGCUGUUUUCCAUCCAAACUUUGGGGUGAAUUACCCAACCACUUCUCCUGUAUCAGGGCGUGUCACUUUUGUAUCGAACCCGCCCACUUUGGAUAACCCAUCCAUUCAGAUCAAAGAUGUGAAGAUGACAGACGAGGGCCGAUAUAUCUGUGAAUAUGCAACCUACCCCUCUGGCAAUGAACAGGGAGUUUCAUCACUAGUUAUGCUAGCUAAACCGAAGAACACGGCUACAACUGUCACAGUUUCCGCCGGCAAAACCCCGGUCAUCGUGGCGCGCUGUGAAUCAUCCAAUGGCCGUCCGGCAGCGACCAUUACUUGGUCCACGGCGCUAAAUGGCAACGUGACGACACCAAAGAAGACGGACAAUCCGGAUAAUACGGUCAGCAUCCAGAGCGUCUACAUGCUGGCUCCGCAGCCUGAGGAUAAUGGCAAGGACAUCAGCUGCAUUGUAUCGCACCGUACCAUGGCCCAGCCUGAGACCUUCCCCAUGAAGCUUGUUGUUGAAUAUCCUCCAGUGGUGCAGAUUAAGGGUUACAAUAACAACUGGUACAGGGGUCAGACGAGUGCACAUUUGACCUGCCAUGCUGAUGGAAACCCAGUCCCCACCACUGUCACCUGGAAAACUUUGUCCGGGCAUAUGCCUGAAACCGUGCAGGUGCGGGAAAACCGGCUCGCCGUGCAGCAGGUGGAUGACACCAUCAACACCACCUUCAUCUGUGAGGUCAAGAACAGUUUGGGAUACGGCAGAGAUCAGGUCACCGUCGUUGUUCGGGAGCAAGCACCUCCCAACUCGAACGCAGGUGUGAUCGUAGGCGUGAUCUUCGCGUGUCUUCUGGCCAUCUUAUUAUUAGGUGGACUCGCCUACUGCCUGGUAUCCCAUAAUCGCCGGCAGCAGCACGGUUACCGUGGCACUGGCAAACCGUCUGGCACUCCCUACGAUUCCUUUACCCGGCUCUUCGGCUCUGCUAAAUCCAGCAAAAAUGGCACCGGAAACAACGGAAACAACAACACGCCCAUUUACAGAGGAGAGGUGGUGCUUAACGAGAAAACAGCCAAUCAGGGCAUGCAUCCAGGAGGCGUGGCUCUGCUGGAGACCACACACACUCACACAGCAGAGGACAUCUUGCUUAGCCGAGAGAUGGACGAGGUGGAAAGGAAGAAAUUCGAUGAGCUCGAAGAAGAAGACGAGCGAUAUGACCAUUUCAGUGGGGGCGGACCCAUCCUUCAGCUCCGCCCACAUGACGAUGACAUAGACGAUGACAUGGAGUCACAAAGGGAUGGCUCCGUAAUCUCUCGGACUGCAGUCUACGUGUAAGAGCAAACCAGAAAGGGGUUUGAGGAGGGCGAACGAGGACCUCUUCCUGAAGGAUUACAUUUCUUCCUCUUCACGAAUAUUCAUUUUAUUGUAAAGAAAACAAAUUGCGGCCAUGAAGGAGGGAUUAAUGAAUGGAUUGAGUUAAUGAGUGGAUGAAUUAGUUCGCUGGAUAUAGCACAGAUUAAAACCUUUGAAGGAUCAGGUGAAGUUAAUAGACACUAAGUACAAACCGUCAGGCUUCCAUUCCUAAUUAUUGCUCAUGGCGACACGAGUAAUAUGAAACUGCAUAUGUUGACACUGCGUGAUAUAUCUAUUAUAUUACACACACACACACACACACAUGAAGUAUGUACAUCCACUGUGCUGUAAAUGUUUUACCUUCCUCCUUACUUUCUGUUGAUAUCAUGGGUUCACACUUAAAUUGGUUUCAAACCUGAUUUGAAUCGAGUUCGAGCACAUUCCCCAGCCCUGCAUCUCAUUUUGGCACAUGUUUUGUAUUUGUAGACAUUUAAAGAGCCAAAAUGUGCUUUUUUUAUCUGUUACAAACAUAGGCUUAAUCAAACAUAGUGUCUAAAUUUGCCAUUCGGUGGACUUCCUUUCUGUUAAUUCACUUUCACGCGCCCAUCUGUCUUGAGGUGACGUGUACAGAUCGCUCAUUAUACAGCACUCAAUUUCUCAAUCCUUUGACAUGACUCAAUGGUGAAUCAUUUGGUUUCGGGCUAAUCAAAUCAAAUCAUACGUUAAUGAAUGAUGUGUUCGUUCUCACCCACAAUUCAUUAAUUCAGGAAAAAAGGGUUCAAGGCAGCGCUUUCUACCAUUUUUCCAGCACAAUUUCCUUAUGCAUUCAGUUAUAGACCACUGUAGCAGAGUACUGUAGUGAUAAAAGAACUGAGAGUCAGAGUCAUAUCCUUAUUUACAUGAACUUUAACCCUGGUGAAAAGAAAGCAUCAGUUUAUUAUAUAAUGUUCAACUCGCAAAGUGAUGGUGUGCCACUUGUAACACAUUACAUUCGGUUCAAUUUAAUCAAAUUCUUUUUAAUUAUCAUGAAUUAACUUUUUGUAAAUUAAAUUUUAAGGUGAUUAAUCUUUGAUCAUAAUACAUUCAAUGAUGUUAAAGGGAUAGUUUGCCAAAUAUUAUGAUUAUUACUUAAUAAUUUAUUUUCCCUCAUGUGGUUUAAACCUGUAUGAGUUUCUUCUUGAACACAAGAGAAGAUAUUUACUAUGAAAAAAGAUAAAUUACUAUGGGAGUCAAUGGGUACCAGCUUUCUACAUUUUCCAAAAUAUCUUCUUGUGUGUUUAUAAACUCAAAUAAUUGAAUGCUCAUAAUACAUUCAAUGAUGUUAAAGGGAUAAUUUGCCAAAUAUUAUGAUUAUUACUUAAUAAUGUAUUCUCCCUCAUGUGGUUUAAACCUGUAUGAGUUUCUUCUUGAACACAAGAGAAGAUAUUUACUAUGAAAGAAGAUGAAUAACUAUGGGAGUCAAUGGGUACCAGCUUUCUACAUUUUCCAAAAUAUCUUCUUGUGUGUUUAAGAAACUCAAAUAGGUCAUUUGUUGAUGGCAGAAUUAACAUUUUUGUGUGAACUAUUCCUUUAAUUUAUACAUUUAAAAUGUCAGCUAUUAUUAUUUAUUUUUUUAUUGUUGUUCUUAUUGCAGACAGUUCAUGAUUCUUACAUCUUUAACUCGAAUGAAACUGUUGUAAAGUGUUACCAACAAACUUUAUUUCUAACUUUACCCCACGUCCAGGGUUACCAUGGCCACACAGCUAAAUAUACCUCUCCCUCGACACCGCAGAUAUGCAUCGCAUACUGUUAUUUCCUUGUUUGUUUUGCUUUAUCAUCCCUCUCACUUGCCGAGACACACACACUGACUUGUUUUAGGGGAAAUACAAUGAAGAAUCGCUUGAAUGGCUGAAAGGUUGUGCGUAUUUGUUUGAUGUGAGGUGAUUGUAAACUACUGUAUGUACACAUUUUAUUUUUCAUAAAAAUAGAGAGAAAAAGAAAACGUCUAUACUUCGUAAUGUUGUAAAUAAGGAGGUGAAUAUCAAGGUUGAAUGUUGUGCAUGUCAACCACUGUGCAUUGGAGAGCACAUAUCGCAUAUUUAUAUCUGUAGUCCAGUAUCAACAGUACUAGUUCGAGAUCGAACACAUUCACAUUUUGAAAAGCUUUCUAUCGGGUGUAGUUUAGAAGAAACACUCCACUUUUUUUUGGGAAAUGGGCUCAUUUUACACCUCUCCUAAGAGUUAAACAGAUGAGAUUUACCAUGUUUAAAUCCUUUCAGCUGAUCUCUGUGUUUGGCGGGAGCAUUUUUAGCUUAGCUUAGCAUAAAUGAUGGAAUCGGAUUAGACCAUUAGCAUCUAGCUUAAAAACUGACUACUUAAUUCUGAGUGGAAAUGAAAAGCUGCUAUUUUCAAGGCCGAUACCACUAGUAACUCGCUCUCAUUCUGGAGUAAUAAUCAAGAAACUUUGUUGUCGUACCAUGGCUGCGUAAAUUUCUCGAUUAUUACACUCAAAUGAGUCAUACGCUCUCAGAAAUGGAGGUACAAAAUCUGUCACUUGUGUGGUACCUUAUCAAAAGGCACAUUUUUGUUUCUAACAGGCCCUUACAGGUACAUGAUAAUACCUAAAAAGUACAAAUGUGGUCCUCGUGGUACCUUAAAGGUACAAAGGUCUACCGUAAAGCUACAAUUGUCUGCCUGUAUGGUACAAAAAAUGUAUGUUUUGAAAAGGUACCACUACAGUGACAGAAUUCACAGCAUUAGUGUGUAGUACACUGUGUAAUUACAGAAGAAUUUUUUUUUUUUUACAGUUUUUUUUUAACAUGCUAAUGGUCUAAUCCAAUUCAAUGAUUUAUGCUAAGCUAAGCUAAAAAUGCUCCUCCUAGGCCUCAAAUUGGCUGAAAGCAUUUAAAAAAUGCUGAAACUCGGCUAUUUAACUCUAGGAGACUCUUAAAAUAAGCAUAUUCCCCCCCAAAAAUGUUGGAGUGUUCCUUUAAGCUUGAGUGUGUGUAUGUUAGUAUGAGUCAGCGUGUUAAAUGGUGUCUGACUCGAGGGCAGUGAGUUAUUCCUCCGGUCUCUCAGGGUCUCAGAGUGUGAUUUAACCUGGACAUCACACACACGCACAUAUAUUUUCGUUCGUUCUCCCUCUAAAUCAUCUGUCAAGCCGACUGUCCUUGAGUCUCUGAGUGUCCCUCUCGGUUCCCCAGUAUCUGAGGGCACAGUGGGUACCUUACGUUUUGUUUCCCUCGGCUUCCGUCUUGAUUCACUGACCCUAUUAGUGCCACGUCUGGAUCAAUGGCGCUGAAAGAAGUUGUUCUCACCUCUGAAAGGGUGGUCAGUCUGUCAUGGGACGGUCUGAUGCAUCUGAUCCGUCUGGCACCGAAUAGGCAGAGGGCUUCGACGAAGUCCUAGUUUACAUCCUGAUUGAAAGGUCAGACCACAAUCAGUGAAUGUUGAGUGUAGUGGAAGCGGUUUUCGUCAACGCUUUUUAGCUCCUCAUUAGAGGGAAAACGCACUGACCUUCCAGCUUCACGUCUCCAGCAGGAAUACCGUAAUGAAGGAACGAACGCCUUGAGAAUAUUAAGUUUCCUUCUGAGAUGAGUCGAUUUUCAGAGAGGUGUGAAUAUUCGUGGUUUCGAUGUAACAGUCCUGGUAAACACACAUGUACACACACAUUUAAAAAGCCUUAAUGUCACUUGUCACAGACCCUUGCUUCGGUGUGUAUAUAGUAUAAAUACAAUAACGUGAUGAUAUACAUAAGGUGAUGUCACAUCCUUGUGUACUGUACUUCACUGCUGUGAGCAUGAAGGAUACGUGCUUUUACUUAAGUUGAGGAUACUUUAUAAUAGCGAGGUUCAAUUCUUUUGCAUUUUCAAUGCAUUUAAUAUCACAAACUAUUCAUUGUUAAGGAAUUAAUUAAUCUAGGCGACUGAUAAUACAAUAAUGUUAUUUAUAAACUGAUAAUCGUGUUAAUAUGGAUCAAUCUAGAUUAAUAAUUCUCUUAAAACGCUUACUUGAUGCUUUAAGAUAUGCUGAACAAUUGAACCGUCUUGUAAAGUGUUCUAUACUGAUGUUUUAUUUUAUUUGACAUGUUUUUUACUUCAAUGAUUUGUGCUUUUAUUGUUUUAUUCUGAGAGCUUUCUUGAUGCCUGUAACGUGUUUGUGCUGUAAAUUGUCGAGCAGCGCUCUCGAACUCUCAUGGACACAAAGGACACAUCUACUAAAUGCUUUACCGCCUUGCAUCGCUUUUAGGUUUCUUUUGGUUGUCUGAAUGUCUUUGUAAUGUUGUCUUUUUUUUUUAUUUGGUUGCUUAUUAAAGUCUUACUGAUAUUUGACAGUCA